AUGACCGACAAUAGCAGUGUCGAAGCAUACCCAGAAGCUAUAACCGAAUUCGACGAAAAGACAAUCAACAAUGAAACCAUCAAAGAAAAAAAAUGGGGAUUCAUCUCAAAAUCACAAAGUGUCGCAAGUUGGAAAGACCCCGGUCCGCCCCCAGAUGGCGGAGCUCUCGCAUGGACACAAGUCCUAGUGGGACACUUGAUUAUUAUGAAUACCUGGGGCUAUAUGAAUUCGUUUGGUAUCUUUCAGACGUAUUAUGUCGACUUUCUUAAUCGCUCGGAUUCGGAUGUUUCGUGGAUUGGAAGUGUUCAGGUCUUUAUUGUCUUCUUUAUUGGUACUUUUACGGGGAGGUUCACUGAUGCGGGUUAUUUUCGGCCGGUUUUUGUGGUCGGGACCAUCCUCAGCGUCCUCGGCAUGUUCAUGGCCUCCAUAUCAACCGAAUACUACCAAAUAUUUCUCGCGCAGGGAAUCUGCUGCGGCAUCGGCAACGGAUGUCUAUUCUGCCCAGCCCUCUCAGUAACAUCCACCUACUUCGCAAAGCGAAAGAUGCUCGCCGUCGGCAUCUGCGCCUGCGGCAGCGCCACAGGAGGCCUAAUCUUCACCGUCAUGUUCCAGCACCUGAUCCCACAGAUCGGGUACGGAUGGACGAUGCGAGUCUUCGGCUUUUUCACCCUAGCCUGUCUAAUCAUCUGCAACAUCCUGGCAAGACCGAGAGUGCCCCCUCGGAAAACAGGCCCUCUCAUUGAACUCGCUGCUUUCAAGGAACCAUCAUACACCUUGUUUGCGGUCGGCAUCUUCUUGACCUUCUGGGGUGUUUAUUUCGCUUUUUACUACCUGAGUUCGUUUGGAGUUGCGAUUAUCAACAUCUCUCAGGAGGAGUCGCUCACCUUUACUCUUAUUCUGAAUGGUCUGGGCAUUAUAGGUCGUCCGGUCCCUGCGUACCUGGCCGAUCGGUAUACCGGGCCGAUGAAUAUUCUUAUUGUGGUUACCCUGUUCUCGAUUAUUUGCGCUUUUGCCAUGAUUGGCGUUACGUCUAUCUCGGGGCUUUAUGCAUGGACGGUUGUUUAUGGUAUUGUGGGAAAUGGUUUGCAGGGAAUGUUUCCAGCUACGUUGAGUAGUCUGACAACUGAUUUGCAGAAGGCUGGUGUCAGGAUGGGGAUGAUUUUCACUAUCGUCAGUUUCGCCGUAUUGACAGGUCCGCCUAUCGCCGGUGUAUUGAUCACGAGGGACAAUGGCCGCUAUGUAUAUGCGCAGCUCUUCGCGGCGUGCUCGAUGCUUGCUGGGUUCUGUCUGCUCUGUGCGGCUAGGUUGGCGAAGACUGGAAAGGUCUUGAAGUAUAAGAUCUAGUGCGUUACGAGCGGAGCUGGAUGGGUGGUAAUCUUGAAAAACUCUUCAGGGGAAAAAAAUGUGCGAUUUUUUGGGGCUUUGGUAUAUGAAGCAUACGCAAGACAUGAGAUGUGACGGAUGUAUGGUGCACUUACUGGAGUUUUAGAAUGCAUGUGUUAUGGGAAGUUGUUGCUAGAGCGGGAAAUCAAGCGAUGAUUAAUGGCUUCUUACGCUACCUCUUGAACCCAGUGUCCAGUACAAAGAUCUAUAAUGAUGAAAGUUAUUCAGUUACGC